AGAUCUUCUUGGUUUUUUUAUUUUGUGGAAAAAAAAUAACGAAAAAGAUGGCAAGAAUUAAACAAUUUAAAUUAUUAUUACUGACUACUAUGACAAUCACCAUGAUGAUAAUGAUUGUUAAUGGACAACGGCGAUCAUCGUCAUGUAAUAUGAAACGAUUUGAUUUAUGUUUAACAAAUUUUUAUUAUGAUCAACAUGGCAUACCAAUUAAUGAAUGGCAAUUGAAAAAAUCAUGCCAAACAACCAGAACAAUGUACAAUUGUCUAGCUGAUUAUGGCGAACGUUGUAUGUCAUUGGCAUUACGUGAAACAUUUAUGCUUGUUUUAGAUAGUGUCACACGACAAGUGUUUGAUGUUUGUUCGAAACCGAUCGAUCAUCCGGAUCGUUUGGAAAUAUUCAAUCAUGCAAAAUGUUUGAAUCAAAAUUCACAAAUUAGUUCCUGUUCCUCUAAAACACGUGAUAUAUUAUUCUAUGUACUUGCCGUAUCAUUUCAAGAACGUAUACCAGUAUUUUGUUGUAAUACACGUUCGGUAUUUGAAUGUUCACGACGUAAAACUAGACAAUUGUGUGGCGAAUCGACAGCUGAAUUUGCCCAGGAUCGUAAUAAUCCAUUUCGGCCAUUAUUUGAAGGAAUGUGUUCAUAUUACCAAUUAUCCAGUAAACAAUGUCGAAACCGAAUGCUACCACAUGGAUGGAAAACAAAUGAAGAUCCUAAAUCACCAAUCUCUCGAAUGAUAAAUUCAUUUUUUUAAUCAUCAUCAUUACAAAAUCAAAUCAAAAUUUUUUUACAAUUGCCAACAACGUUUUUCAAGAUCACAAAUAAAUUGAGCAGCAUACCGUAUGGAUGGAUCAAGAUUAUGAUAUUUAUUCAAACAGAUUCCAUUGAAAACUUCCGAACGAAUAGCACGCGAAUGAUGCUUGUAUAAUCCACGCAAUGGUCCAAUACCAAUAUCAAUAAUCAUUAUGAUAAAACAUUCAAGAUGAAAAUGUUUACCAACAUUAUCAAUAAUCAAAUAUUUCAGGUAAUGAUGGAAUUGUUUCUGAUCAAAUGAAUUGUUACGAAACAAAUGUGACAUUAAUCGCACAUUUGCAAGAUAAAAUCUUUUCUCAUUCACAAUAUUAUCGAAUAAAUAAUCACCAUAUUUUUGUAAUUUA